AUGCAAAUUCGCAAGCGGAAGAGUGACAACGGCCUCAAAGCGCAGAAGGAAGAGGAGCCAAGUCUGGAUACGAAAGAGCCGAACAGAGAGAGACUGGACGAUGCAAUCCGCGAUAUGGAGAACAUGCUGUCCCGUCAGCGGGAGAAACUUCGGGGGCAAGAGGAAUUGUUGCAGCGUCUUAGGGCUUACCGACAGUAG